AUGGAAGCUGUGAACCCUAAUAAGCGGGAUAUAGAAGGGCCCCUCUCGGAAAUUAGAAAAUUGAGAAAAUCGGAGUCUUUCGCAUCUCGAGAACCAACUCUAUCAAACCUACCGUUUGUAAAAUUAUGGAAACGACAGCCAGACGCAUGGCGUUCCGAGUCGGAAAUAUCAUCCUUAAGUGAGAUUUCCAGAAUCUCGCAAAGCCCGGGUUCGGUCUCGGCCGUUAGCAGCAGUGACUCCACUGGGGACUCCCUGGAGGAAGGUGAGAUUGAGGAAAAAGGAACUGCACCUAACCUUGACACAACUCUUACCGGUGGCAUGUUGGACAAUGCCUUAGACUUGGAUACACAUAUAGCAGCGAACAGUAGACAUGUGAAGCGCAUGAAACUGCUUACCAAAAUAAUUGGCACAAAGAGGGGAGUGAGCAGUCUGCACACAGAAGGGUUAAGAAUUCUAAAGGGUUCUCAUCUGGCCGUUUCUACGCUUGCUUCUGUGUUUAUGAUGGUGAAAUCAAUCAAAGCUAACUCAGUUUUGCGAGACAUCACGGAGUGUUUUAAAGAACUUUACAGUGCUGUGGCGUCUUUUCAUGCAAAAAUACUUAACAUCAACGGUUAUGAGGGAUUCAAAGCAAUUGUUGUAUUUGCACCUUAUUCCAUUGAUAUGCUAAUGACGAUGUUACCGAAUUUGAUCAGCUGCCUCAGGGAUCAGAAAACACAGAAGAAAUUUAUCGUACUAUUUCAGGCUUUAAUUCAUUCUACUUUGCUAAGGUGUUGUAGUAUCUCGGACCAUUAUAAAGACGAAAUUAAAAUCGGGGCAGUUAAAUCCACUUUCAGCAUUUUGAAAACAUUGCUCCCGAUAUCUUUGAUACUUACCGAAAGUCCCGGAGAUGUUGCAUAUGGAGAAAUCGAUUUGCAAGGAAAACGUAGGGAGCUGCUCCAUUCGAUGUUGAAUGAGUAUAUUCGCGGAGAGGAAUUUAUCCCGUCUUCCCUACUACUACUCCAACUACAGCGAACAUUGGGUAUCAGUAUGACGCAAAUGGGACCAGCAAGCACCUCGUCAGACGAAUUGAUACGUAAGGCGUCGUAUAGAAUAGGAAAGAUCUGCGUUGUUGUUGGAUGCACAAAAAGACAAUUUCCAGUUGCUUAUUUUCAUUCAUCACAUUAUGGUCUCGAUGAGGUAUCAAAAGUAGUUACGGAUUCGAAAAAGAAAGGUUGCUAUCCUAAGUAUCUUGCGUCUGACACAAACUGGGGUGAUGAAGGGCGUUUGUGGCACAAAGCGAAGUACUGGUUACUGCUAUUACUGGAGGACAACAACGUACACAUUCGAAACCUCGCGCUCCGAAUCAUCAGGCAUGCUAUAGUUACAAUACCUAUGACAGAAAAAGAUCGGCAACACAUAUUGUCGCUCGUUACGGAUUGUGUCAGUGAUGAUGCUACGUUUAACUGUGCGAUGGAGGUGGUGGUAUCUGCAUCUCACCUAUAUCCUCUAAAGGAUGGAGCAGUACGUAGAAUAUCCAAUCUGACACUGAAAGGUUGUGGUAUAUACAGUAGGGUAGAAGUAAUAAGACACUUUGCACGUUGUCAUUUUACCCGUAAAGGAGCGGAAACUGUGAUGAGUAUAAUGCACAGCUUAUGCGAACCUGUGAACGUUAGUGAGACGAAGACCGUUAAUACGCAGUGUGCUACUAGUUCAAUAUCCAACAGUGAUACGGAGAUGUUUUUUACCUCCGUAGAAUGGCCAGAAAUAAUGAAAUUCCUGGUUUACAUUCAAAGACAGUGGCAUGGUAUAGGGCUCUUCAAUUAUGGAACCAAAUCAAUAAAGGGUGUCCAGAGGUGUGGCAACACUUGGAUUCGACCACCUUGGUUCCAUCUAAUGGAACAGAAUACGGAACCUCAUUUCAUGUCUGCAAUCUGCCGUAGUGAGGCAUCUUUGAGGUUCCCCGGGGUUGUUUCUGUUAAGUCGAACCGAACUGAAAUCGACCUCCUCAUUGAAGCCAGGAAAAUACUUACCAUGUUUUCAGGAUUCAGUAAGUACAACGUGAAAGUCGAAUGCUUGAGGGGUAAAUUCGUCUUUCUCUAUCUUCACCGCCUCAGGGUCAGGGGGGUAACGCACACCAUACACAAGGUCUUAGACUCGUGUCAAAGCGAUAGUAAAGUGGUUAGUAACGCCGACAUAGGGAAAAAAUGUCGAUGUGUCGAUUGUUCUAUGGACAAGUUUAUCGUAUCCUCUAAACUCAAAAAGGCAAUCAACAAUGUAAACAAUAAGGCAGAAUGCUCAGUAUACGAUAAGUUUCAUGGCUAUGGGACGGAACUUCAGCCAGUAAAAAAUACGAAUGUGGUGCCAUCACCAGCUAAUAAUUUCAGGUGGAUAGCCAUUUUUCGAUAUUACAGAGAUAUCUCCAAGUUCAGGGGUGAAACCUACGAGGCCAUAGAUGAUCUUGAGUAUGUCGAAUUCCCCGCUCAUUUAGGUGCAGCACUGUCCCGUAGUGUUAAAGUGAGACCUCUGAAUCAAAAAUAUCUAGUAUUAAAUAUAAGAAGCCCUUGUAUUAUAAAUGGGUGUAACAGGAAUGCGCGAGUGUCUCUCAAGCUCAGGAGAAGGUCUAUGAAGCGCAGUGCUGUUGCGCUGAAACUUCAAAUUACGAACGGAACGCCCACGCUGUAUCCCGUUCCCAUAACACUGUCGCUACCGUUACAGUCAUCGGUCACAAAUAAGGUGGUACGUUCUCAAACAAAUGUUUUGACGAUGUGCCAGGCCUUUCACCGUGCACGACCCAUAUGGGUUCAUUCCAAACGUGUAUCAAGAUGA